GUCCAUUUUCCAGACACAGAGAGGGCAGAAUGGCUCAACAAGACUGUAAAACAGAUGUGGCCUUUUAUUUGCCAAUUUAUUGAGAAACUCUUCCGUGAGACCAUAGAACCAGCAGUAAGAGGAGCAAACAACCACCUCAGUACCUUCAGUUUUACGAAGAUUGAUAUUGGUCAUCAGCCUCUGCGGAUAAAUGGUGUAAAAGUGUACACUGAAAAUGUGGACAAAAGGCAGAUCAUUUUGGAUCUUCAAAUCAGUUUUGUUGGAAACUGUGAAGUUGAUUUGGAGAUCAAGAGAUACUUCUGCAGAGCUGGUGUGAAAAGUAUACAGAUCCAUGGCACUAUGAGGGUUAUCCUGGAACCACUAAUUGGAGACAUGCCCCUAAUUGGAGCACUAUCCCUUUUUUUCCUUAGGAAACCUCUUUUGGAAAUUAACUGGACUGGACUGACCAAUCUUCUGGAUGUUCCAGGACUGAAUGGCUUAUCAGAUACGAUAAUAUUGGAUAUAAUAUCCAACUACCUGGUCCUUCCAAACAGAAUUACAGUCCCCCUUGUCAGUGAAGUGCAGAUUGCUCAGUUGCGGUUUCCUAUACCAAAGGGUGUUCUGAGGAUACACUUUAUUGAAGCUCAAGACCUGGAGGGGAAAGAUACUUACCUAAAAGGGAUUGUCAAAGGAAAGUCAGACCCUUAUGGAAUCAUCCGUGUGGGCAACCAGAUUUUCCAAAGCAAGGUCAUCAAAGAAAAUCUCAAUCCAAGAUGGAAUGAAGUUUAUGAGGCCUUAGUAUAUGAACAUCCAGGACAGGAAUUAGAGAUUGAGCUCUUUGAUGAAGAUCCAGAUAAAGAUGACUUCCUGGGAAGUUUGAUGAUAGAUUUAAUUGAAGUUGAAAAGGAGCGUCUUCUAGAUGAGUGGUUUACUUUGGAUGAAGUGUCCAAGGGAAAAUUGCAUUUAAAACUGGAAUGGCUCACAUUGAUGCCAACUGCUGAAAAUCUAGACAAGGUGCUCACAAGCAUUAGAGCUGAUAAAGACCAAGCCAAUGAUGGGCUUUCUUCUGCAUUGCUUAUUCUCUAUCUGGACUCAGCAAGAAACCUGCCCCAUAAUCCAUUAGAAUUUAACCCUGAUGGCUUGAAGAAGGCUGCUGUUCAGAAAGCCCUAAAGUCAGGAAAGAAAAUAAACAGCAAUCCCAACCCACUUGUUUUGCUGUCAGUUGGACACAAGGCACAGGAAAGUAAGAUUCGAUACAAGACCAAUGAACCAGUAUGGGAGGAAAACUUCACUUUCUUUGUACACAAUCCCAAAAGACAAGAUCUUGAAGUUGAGGUGAGGGAUGAACAGCACCAGUGUUCUUUGGGGAACUUCAAACUGCCUCUAAGCCAAUUGCUGGAGAGUGAAGAUUUAACUAUGCAUCAGCGGUUCCACCUGAGCAACUCUGGUCCAAACAGCACUAUAAACAUGAAGAUUGCACUCAGGGUCCUUUCUCUUGAAAAGCAAGCAAGGUCUCCAGAUCAUCAACACUCAGCCCAAGUAAAAAGGCCAUCGGUUUCCAAAGAUGCAAGAAAAACAUCUUUUAAGCCUCAGGUUCCUGUCUCACCACCACCUGAUUCAAAUAAACCUGUUCCAGCUUCCCCAGUGACUGAUAGUGAUAAAAAGACUGAUACAGCUGAAAAAAGUCAGCCUCCCAAUGCCAGUCCUCAGUGGCCAACAGAUCUCAGCCGAAGUUCCUCCAGUCUUCAUGCCUCUAACUUCUCUUAUUCUCCCAGCCACCUCUCAGUCAAAGAACCCACUCCUAGUAUAGCCUCAGAUAUAUCUCUGCCUAUUGCCACGCAGGAGCUACGGCAAAGACUACGACAGCUUGAAAAUGGAACAACUCUGGGGCAGUCUCCGUUAGGACAGAUUCAGCUAACAAUUCGUCAUAGUUCACAAAGAAACAAACUGAUUGUGGUAGUGCAUGCCUGCAGAAAUCUAAUAGCAUUUUCAGAAGAAGGAUCUGAUCCAUAUGUGCGAAUGUAUUUAUUGCCCGAUAAGAGACGAUCAGGAAGAAGAAAAACACAUGUAUCAAAGAAGACAUUAAACCCAGUGUUCGAUCAAAUAUUUGAUUUCAGUGUUUCCCUGCCUGAAGUACAGAGAAGAACACUAGAUGUAGCAGUGAAGAACAGUGGUGGUUUCUUGUCCAAAGAUAAAGGGCUGCUUGGCAAAUUAUUAAUACCUCUGGCAUCUGAAGAACUUGCUAAAGGCUGGACCCAGUGGUAUGAUUUAACAGAAGAUGGUACAAGGCCACAGGGUGCAAGUUAAGCCCAUGGAUAAAGGGAAUACACAUACUUUUGCCAACCUUUAUAUAUUUUUAAAGCAUUGUUCUCACAGAUGUACCGAUAUUAUUUUUAUAGCUUUACUGAUUUAGUUCUUAGAGACAUCCCCAAUAAUUUUAUAACACUUGGUCAUUUUAUGUAGACAUAGCCUUUCUCAUUAUUAAACUUUGUAUUUUAAUUUGCUAAACAAUUUUAUGUGUUACUGUAAUGUGCAAUAGUACAGUAAAGUAACCUUUUGUGUUUAAAUUGAUCUUUAUGAUGGUUGUACCUAUUAGAAAGUGAAAAGAUUAUGUUCUGCUGGUUUCCUGCCUUGUUUUAUAUUUCACCAAGGUAUACUGUACCAUGUAAAUAUAUACUAUUUUUUUAUAAUUCUUCCAUGCUGGUUUGAAUUCACAAGAAAAUUAGAUAAAGGAUAUAGAUAUUUUCUUCUAAAUGCAUGUUAAUUUC